AUGGACCAGGAUCCUACUAGACUCGCGCCCCCGGCCGUCAGCUCGCUCCGCGCCGAGGCUGCCGGUAGUUCCAUGCAGAGGACCAUGAGCGAGGGCAUCAGGGAGGAGCGCCAGGAGCUACGCGAAGCCGCUGAGCAGACCUUGAAUGUCAUCGUGGAUCUCAGCCUCGAUGGAGCUAUACGAUGGGUCAGUCCCUCGUGGACCGAUGUCAUUGGGACGCAACCGAAUACCGUCGAGGGCACUCCCAUAGCCGACCUGAUUAUCAGCGAGGACAAGGCUGUGUUUGCCGAGACCAUUGACUCCAUGCAGAAGGAUGAUUCGCGCAGCCAGUAUAUUCGAUUCACCAUCUAUCUGGGUCCCUUGUCCAAGUUGUACCCCGCGGACCCGGUGAAGGAACCCGAGGCUGGUGAGAACAAUGCAGCCACGGUCGAGCUGGAGGCUCAAGGCAUCAUGGUAUACGAUCGUGCUACUGGAGGCGAAAGCCAUACCAUGUGGAUGAUACGACCAUGGAUACCACCUCGCGAGAUCAAGAUCGACUUACCGCCCCUGAUCGUGGAGUCCCUUGGUUCAGGCGCCGAGUUGCUUGCAAGCUAUCUCACCCAAUUGGCAGAAUCGGGACAGGAAGAUCCGGAAAACUAUACCCCGCCAUUGCCAGUUCUUUGCCGUAUCUGCGAGCGCCAGAUCCCUCCUUGGUGGUUCGAGAAGCAUACCGAUCUUUGCUUGCAGGAGCAUCGAGCCGAGAUGGAUGUUCAGAUGGCACAGGAGAACCUCACCGAACAUCGCCACUCCAUUGUGAGGGUGCUUGAUGCUCUCGAGGCUCGAAAGAGUCGCGCCCUCUCAGCAGACCUUGGUUCGCUUCCCAUAGCCGAGUACAAGGGCUUUGCCAUAGGACCGACCUCUAGCUCCUUAUCCCCGGGGACUGCAUCCCCUGCUGCGUCAUCGAGGGAUCGUUCAACCGGAUUUGGCCACUCACGCUCUCGAUCGUUCGCUGUGCGACGUCCGCAAGCUCGCAUAGUCGAGCUUCUCCUCGACCUUUGUGACACCUCCAUGGAAAUUAGCACACCUGCCAUCAAAGAAUCUUCGUCGCAGGUUUCUGGCGAAUUUCGUACCCAGUCACCACAGUCAGAGUCCCGUAUCUCUCAGGUACUUCAAUGGCAUUCUCCUGGGUCAAACACGCUGGAGCAAGAACAAGGCUUGGCUUUCCUAUGCGCAGACACGGAGAGAAUCGCCAAAGAGAAGGUGGAAGCAGUCUUUCGACACCGCAAGAUCAUCGAAUAUGCAGAACGAAUACGUGUCGAACUUGCUGUUAUCGUUCAGGAUUGCAUCGAUGAGGCCAUGCGCAAAGCUGCUCGAAUCGCGGCCGGACGUCUUAGUGAUUCAACCGAGGAUGGCGAUGAAGAUGAAGAUGAUACAGAAGUGACCCCGGCGGCUGAUCAAGAUGAUGCCAUUUUCGCUGGAUCUUUCGAUGCCCCUUCAUCAUUGGCUCUGGCUCUGAGAAACGUGGAUCUAGGUGAUUCAGCUGACAAGAGACGCUCCCUAGCCAUCGAGUCUACAAGAUCAAGCAGUCCCAAGGAGUGCCCGACGCCGAGAUCUCAUCGUGAACCCCUGAGCGUCGCUGGCCCGUCACGUGGCUCUCGCCGAGAGUCUAUGCGGUUGGAGAGUGACGCUGGAGAUAGUGAUGGUAGCGUCAGGUCAGCUUCUGCCGCCUCGCGGCAACCAACUAGGAAUGACUCGCCGGUUUCCGAGUUUGGUGACUUACGACGCGCCACCAGCUCGCGCCAGCACCACAGACGCAGCCUCAUAUUGGCUGGUACCUCUUCACCCCAGCGGCAGGAAUCACCCUCGAGAGGUACCCAACCUUCCUCGCCAUUGCGAAUACUGAAGCCUCGCAAUUUUCAAUACUCCCAAGAGGCUAUCACCUCCCCAGAGGCAUCGCCUAUGCUUCCACACGGUGAUUUCGGCUCGCCAGCCGUGGUCCCACAUCACCGCCGACAAUCUUCUGCAGCCAUGUCAGAAUUACCACACAGACCUCCCGCUUCCCCACGUCUCAAUGCUGCCAACCCGCCUCCUCUAGCACGAGCUGUACCUCCUUCGAUCAAAGAUUUUGAGAUCAUCAAGCCAAUCAGCAAAGGAGCUUUCGGGAGCGUCUAUCUGUCAAAGAAGAAAUCCACGGGCGAGUACUUUGCCAUUAAAGUGUUGAAGAAGGCCGACAUGAUCGCUAAAAAUCAAGUCACAAAUGUCAAAGCUGAAAGGGCAAUCAUGAUGUGGCAAGGAGAGAGCGAGUUUGUGGCAAAGCUUUACUGGACAUUCUCCAGUAAGGACUAUUUGUACCUUGUCAUGGAGUACCUGAAUGGUGGCGACUGUGCUUCUCUGGUCAAAGUCCUGGGGGGCCUGCCUGAAGAUUGGGCCAAGAAGUAUCUCGGUGAAGUCAUCCUCGGCGUUGAGCAUUUGCAUAGCCGGGGCAUCAUCCACCGUGAUCUCAAGCCCGACAACCUCCUCAUCGACCACAAGGGUCAUCUCAAGUUGACUGAUUUUGGUCUGUCACGCAUGGGUCUGAUCGGUCGACAGCAGAGAGCUUUGAACAGCGCAGCUUUAGAUACGACACCGGACCUGCUCAAGACGGGCCCAUUUGCUCGGUCGACGUCUAUUGCAUCGUCUCGAUCCGCUUCACUUGAUCUUCAUGGAAGUCAUGCUUCGCCUGGCGUAACUCCGCAGACAACUCCGGAGAACAGUCUCGGGCAACCGUCCUACUUUAACCUCUCGAAUAUACAGCAAGAGCCUCGCCGUAUCUCGGGACAACGUAGUGACAGCGGGGGAAGCGAGUCCCUCACACACAUGAUGGGUAACUUCUCUUUGAACGACAUCCACAUUACCCAGUCUAGCGUUCGUUCUCCGUACGAUGAGAAUAGCGAGGGCGCCGCCUCCCCUGACCUGCCAUCGCUUCAUCAGACUAGUAGCUAUAACAGCGAGGUACACCGAAUUACUCCUGCCCAAUCAAACAUGAUGCAACCACCACCAAUGGCUCUAUUUGAUCCCGAAGACACCAACCGCAGGUUCGUUGGCACGCCUGACUAUCUUGCUCCCGAAACUAUCAGGGGCAGCAGACAGGACGAGACCAGCGAUUGGUGGUCUGUCGGCUGUAUCUUGUUCGAGUUUCUUUACGGCAUUCCUCCAUUUAAUGCUGCCGACGCAGAGCAGGUCUUCGAAAACAUCCUGGCUCGGAAAAUCAUGUGGCCCGAAGAGGCAGACUUUGCCUCUCCUGAGGCUACAGACCUGAUGAACAAGCUACUCUGUAUCGAUCCCCGACAGCGGCUCGGUUCCAACCGUGGAGAGAAGUAUGCAUCUGGCGGAGAAGAGAUAAGGAAUCACCCUUGGUUUGAGGGUACGAACUGGGCCUCACUAUUGGAAGACGAGGCGCAGUUUGUCCCCCAGCCAGAAAACCCCGAGGAUACCGAGUAUUUCGAUGCCCGUGGAGCUACUCUGCAAUCCUUCACAGAAGAGAUGGAAGAUCAGAUGUCACCGGGCCCGUCAGCCUCGACCCCAGACUAUCCUGAUCGCCCGCACGAUGCUUUGUCUUCUGGCGUUCGAUCUCAGCUGCAGGUGAAUCAAAUCAAGAGGGGCCUGAUGCCGCUGCAUAUCCCUCCACACAUCCGGGACCUGAAGAGCCGGCGGCUCAGCGAGCCUGUGCCAGCUGAUGACUUCGGCACUUUUGCCUUCAAAAACCUGACGGUCCUCGAGAAAGCGAACAAAGACGUAAUUCAACAGUUGAAGGCGCAGGCGAUGGCGGCUCAGAACCGGUCUGGCGUCAGCCCCAGCAGUGCGCACAGCGCCACAUCUCCAUCCCCUGGUCUUGAAGGUAGCCCAGUUCUACCGAUGCCCAUUCAGCGCAACGUGUCCAAUGCCAGAGCCUCAGCAUCGCAGCGCCCAGCUUCACCCUCCGCUGCAGGCCAUGCCAACUCUUCUCCGAACCGGGCUUCACAGCCAUCGUCUCCACUACUUGUGUCUUUUCACGCCGGCCAAGGAGCUGAUGGCCGUCGAAAAGUCUCGAGUAACUCCUCUAGUCUGUCCCAACAAUCUGGAGCCAGUUCUCUGCAACCUGGUAACUUCUUUGAAGCACCAAGAACCAUCCCAGCUCUGCAUAAGUCGACCAGUAGCAACGCUGCUGCCUCCCCAAUCAAAGGCAAGGGCGCCCCGCCUCCACUAGCACUUUCUCCGCAAAAGUCAGUCGCAACACCGAGGCAAGCUAGCGGUUCAUCCACGCGGUCGCGAUCCCUCACUGUCGGCUCUCAGGAGGGAAGUCCCAUUGCGCCUGACCUUCUCCACCAUCGCAACCGCAGAAGUCAAGUGUUUGCUGACAUGUCCCCAUCCUCGUCCGAUAAUGAGGGCGACAGAGCACACGCCCUACUCAAGGUCCAGCGACGUCGUCAGUCAUCUCGACGUAUGUCCGCCAUCAUGCUUGAUAGCCCAUCGUUCCGCUCCCUGGAUGUAUUGGUCUGCGAAGAUCAUCCCGUUUCUCGAAUGGUCAUGGAGAAGCUCCUUGAAAAACUUCGAUGUCGCACCAUCUCCGCAUCAACCGGCUCGGACGCCGUCCGAUACGCCGUUGGUGAUCUCAAGUUUGACAUUAUUUUCACCGAGUUCAAGCUCCCAGAAGUUAGCGGGAGUGAUGUUGCUCGCAUGGUUCGUGAAGUAAAGAAUGUCAACGCUCACACGCCCAUUGUCGCUAUAACCGCGUAUCUGAAGGAGUUGCAAGCUCCUCAUUAUUUUGACUCGCUGAUCGAGAAACCUAUCAGCUCUUCUAAGCUUGUCGAGGUUCUCUCCAAUCUGUGCCAGUGGAAGCCGCACUCCCCCGGCCAAGGUCAAUCAGUGCCCAUUCCAAACCCCCUAUCACCUGCAUUGAGGACAUCUAGUGCGCGACUCGAGGAUAGCCCUACUUCUGGCUCAUCCGGAUACAUCCACCCCGGAAGUAGCAGCUUCAGGGGCUCAAGUAGGGAGGAUUCGAUUGGCUCUAGUCUUUUCGGAGACUCGGAAUCCGUCACCACGGAUGAUGUCCCGGUCGUCAUUUCUCGGAAAGCAACGGGGGACUGGGGCGACGAGUCUGGUCUUGAGAUCAAUAACGAUGAGGGUCGUCCCUCGAAACUGCCCGUACCGCUUGUGUCCCAGAGCUCGGCUCCCGCGCAAAUGGAACAAUCCAGGAUGCCUGUGCCACGACGUUCGAUGGAGAAGCUCAAGUCGAGGCGUGAGCAUCUUGAAAAGCGGCGGCUCGAAGGCAGCGAGUCUGCUGACGAUGAAGACGAGGAGCUGGGCACCUCUCGAGAGCCCGGUCCACGUAACAAGCCGCCGCCCCCAAGUUCGAAGCUAGGCAUAGAGAUGAUGAGGGCAAACAGCCACGAAAGUCUUGCUGUCGCAUCUGACAGCACGGUAGAGCCCGUGACCCAGGUCGUCACGCCUUGUAAAGACGGCGGGACUUCACCCCUCCCAGGGGCGAGAUCGCCAUCGAAACUUGUGAUGCAAACACCACCAGAGGCUUCUCCAGCCCUUAGGCCUACAGCUGACAACGACCCCAACGAGACACCACGUCCAGCAGCAUCUCAACAGGAUCUGGAUGCUGAUGAGCCAACUCCUCGGCCAACAGUCAAAUCAUAA